CAGACUCUACAGAGAUCAUUUUCAGUCCUGAAAAUACCGCUUUCAACUUAAUCACUUCUUCAAAGUGUGAAGCUUUCUCUCUUUCAGAAGAGCAAGACCUCGCAGUCACAUGUUGCUGGAUCAGGCCAGCUCUCUUGAAAAACAGAAGUGGAAGUUUCGAUGAGGUGAAAGGCUUGAGUCUAAUAGAACUCCUUUGAUUUUAACCUCUAAUGCCAAGUAGUUGAAUAUGCUAAAGAAUAGUGUGUCAGAUAAUCUAUAGAAUGUUUACAUCUAUGAGUAGAUGUGCAGGUAUGUGUUAACAAGGAAUGAACAGUUGUGGUAUAUCUGUUCCCCAUGGCUGUACAUGAUGUAUAUGAGAUGAUAUAUAUGUCUGGUCUUUUUUCAAUCAAACAAUUUGAUGCUGUUUCAAUCAGAAGAUAAAUGUAGCACAUAAUGUUAGAACAGACUGUUAGCACUAACCUACAGUGUUGUUUUUUACUGCAGGAUAUGGCUCUAGUGAUAACUUUGUGGCAACAGGUUGAGGAAAUGUAUUACCAGAAAUGUUUGCGUCCUUCACCUACUGUUCACCACCUGGCCCCUGUGAACAAACAAAAGAAACAUCCCAAAUUUUGUUUCAGAUCUGUUUUCCUGCUAAGGAACAAUCAGAGCAGGACUGUGAUGUUUGAGAGUAUAGAUUUAAGAGGGAAGGGCUACUUAAACUACCUCAAAAUUAUGUUUAACUUAUUUUUGCUGCUUUCCAGUACGUAAUACCAGAAAAAGUAGCUGUUCUGUAUGUUCUUUCUGUAGAAUAGAGAUAAAAGCUAGCGUGUGCUGUUGGACUAGAAACCUUUAUUAUGUUCUAAACAAGACAGUUCUCUCUGGACUGGUCCAAACUGAAUGCUUGGCAGAAUGCUGGAGCUUGAGUUGGAGAAGUUCUGAUUAAGUUAAUUUAGGCUGUGCUUUGUUUCUCUUGAUACUUAAACAGUGAUUGCUGUUUCUAUUACUCCAGACAUAACCUGAAGAUUUAACAUCUGCAUCCACUUAAAUAGCAGUGUUUUCCUACAAAGAGGUGAUCCAGGUUGUGCCGAUUGGCUAUGCAUAAUUCUGUUUACAUAUUUGAUGAUCAUUCUGAUGAUGAAAUCCCCACCCAGCAAGCUAUUCAGGAAAGCUUACAAGAUAUUCAUAAAAUGGAAAGAAGUGCCAAUGCAAUAGAGGAUGAAAGUUUCCUGUGUGUUGCAAGCAAAGAACGUGAAGAGAUAAUUGCUGCAAUCCGGACAGGCCAAGAAGAGGCCUUGAAGAAGUUGGUGAGCCACAGUUCUGCUUUUGAGGAAGCAGAUCAGCAAGGCUGGCUUCCUAUGCAUGAGGCUGCAGCUCAGCUAAAUAAGAACAUCCUUGAAAUAACUUUAAAAGCCUCCCGUUCUGUUACAUGGGAACAGACCACACUGAGAGGGGAAACACCUCUCAUGGUGGCAGUCAGAAACUGCUUUUUGGAAAACGUCCACUUUCUACUGCUCAAUGGUUGCAAUCCCAAUAUUAAGAAUGAAGAUGGAGAUUCUCCUUUAGUUGUAGCAAUUAAGCACAAUUCAUAUGAGGUUGCCUCCUUGUUGAUAAAUUUUGGAGCAAAGGUGAAUUUGCCAUGUAUCCACAAGAGGACUGCUUUACACGAGGCUGCCAGGCUUGGCAGAAAGGAUCUGGUGAUGCUUCUGCUUCGUUCUGGGGCAGAUCCUGAUCCUCGCAGUGGAUAUGGGCUCACACCUCUAGCGCUGGCUGCACAAGCUGGACAUACAGAAAUUAUGGAGCUCUUAUUGCAAAAAGGUGCUGAUGUUCUUUCACAGGCAAUGGAUUAUUCUUCUGUAUUAUUUGAAGCAGCAGGAGGAGGAAAUCCAGACUCUCUGAAUCUUUUGCUAGAAUAUGGGGCUGAUGCUAAUGUGCCAAAGCACUCGGGUCAUUUACCAAUCCACAGAGCUGCGUAUAGAGGACACUUUCUUGCCUUGAAGAAUUUAGUUCCAGUUACUAAUUUUGAUGCCAUUAAAGAAAGCGGAAUAAGUCCAAUUCACUCAGCAGCAGCGGGAGCACAUCCUCAGUGCCUCGAGUUUCUCCUCAAGUCUGGGUUUGAUGCCAAUUUUAUGCUGGAUCAAAGAAUUCGCAAAGGCUACGACGACCGCCGGAAAUCAGCCCUGUACUUUGCUGUUUCCAAUGGGGAUAUCAGUUCAGCACAGCUGCUGUUGAAUGCUGGAGCCCUGCCAAACCAGGAUCCCAUCAACUGCCUCCAAAUAGCCUUGAGAAUGGGCAACUAUGAGUUAAUGAAUUUACUGCUCCGGCACGGGGCCAAUGUUAACUACUUCUGCAGAGUGAACACAACGCAUUUCCCGUCGGCUCUGCAGUAUGCUCUGAAAGAUGAAGUCAUGUUAAGAAUGCUGAUGAACUAUGGCUAUGAUGUGCACCGCUGCUUCGAUUGCCCGCGGGGAGAUGUGUCCCAUUCCCAGUACGUGACUGAUGGAUGGACUUCUACUGUUAUCAAAGAUACAAAGUUCUGUGAAGUGAUAACCUUGUCAUGGCUGAAGCAUCUUUGUGGGAAAGUAGUGCGAGUAAUGUUAGAUUAUGUUGAUCAUGUUAACAUCUGCUGGAAGCUGGAAGCAGCUCUCAAAGAACAGGAGCUCUGGCCAGACAUCAAUUCAAUUUUAACAAAUCCUCGCUCCCUGAAGCAUCUUUGUCGCCUGAAGAUACGGGAAUGCAUGGGCCGGCUGCGUCUGCGUUGUCCUGUCUUCAUGACCUUCCUCCCACUGCCAAAUUGCUUGAAGGACUACAUUCUGUACAAGGAAUAUGACCUCUAUGGACCGGAAAGUUUCUUGGGAACCUCCAGUGUCAACUGCACAUAAUUAUUCUGUAUUUUGAAGGGAACGUCGAGGUGGCCUUAGAUGUGCACGGUCCAUGAGACACUAUGAAGGCAACAUCUGGCCGCGGGCUGAUGCCACAAGGUCUGACUGGGUAACAGCUAAAGCAGGUACUUCUGCGAGCUACUGGCUACUCUGAGGACGAACGUGCUGAAACAGAAGGAAGAGACCCUGGAGCCUCUCUCUUGCUCAGUCUCCCACUCCACCUCCUCUUUAAAAUACUGUGAGCGCUUCCACAGCUGCUCAGUCCCUGCUGUACGCUGUGGUGCCAGUGGCACCAUGAGAGCAAUGCUCCCUUUUCUUUGCUGUGACAGGAGGCAGAUGCAGUUGGUUGCUGCAUAGAAAUGCUUGUCUAUCUCCAGCAUAAAAAGCAAGAGAUUGCCUUUGUCAGCCUAUGCAAAACAACUUCUGAGCAAUUAAGGACGGUGUUCCUUUUUUGCACAGCCAUCUAGCACAGAGGUCCUGAAAUUCCUCACUUACUCAGCACCAUGCAAUUCUAGCUAUGAAGGGCUGGGCUGAAAGCCAAAGACUAAAAAUGCUCUGCAAUGAACUGUAAAACACUCUUAACCAUUAUAAAACAUCUUAGAAUAUAUUCUUCUCUUUCUACAUUUUCUGUUAUGCUCAGGCCACUAUUAGAGAGACAUCUGUUCCAUUGGAGUUUAGUAUUUAUAGUAAUUAGUGCAAAAAUAAAUAUUUCUUCUU